AUGGCUGAGACAAAACUGGAUGGUAUUUACACGAUCGUUAACAUCGAGUAUGAAAAUCGCGUGAAGCUACCCAACGAUAACCGGGAAGAGCAGCUCGCUUGCAUUAUACCCGAUGCUGCUCAAGUUUCUUGUGGGGAAAAGUGGCAGUUCACCGCUAGUACAAAAGGACGCCACGUAAUAAAAAGCGACGCAUAUUGCUCCUAUAUCGCUGCGAAAUACCCAUUCGAUACUGAUUCAUCGGUGAUUGGAAAUGAGGGGAAAGCUUGGUGGUAUAUCGAGAAGGCGGAGAAAUUUGGACCCUAUGCUUACACGUAUGUCAUUGUCACUUCCGCGCAUGGAUACUACAAGCGCAUGCGACAAUACACCAGUAUGGCUAUUCCCAAUCCCGAUCUUGGCAGCUCUAACAUUGGGUUUGACUCAUCCAAGAUAUAUCUCAAACCAGUAGCACAGAACCGCCGAAAUGUUUGGAAGAUUGUCCCGUACCCUGCACCGAAAGAAGUUGAACAACAUGAUCCAAACCACAACGAAUGCGAACAGCACAUCCACAAGAGCGACGCAGGAUUCGAAAACCAAACGACCAGUGAUUGCAUCGAUGGAACAAACGAUCAUAGACUGCAGCAACGUGUUCACGCCCAACAGUCUCCCGACCAUCCAGACACUCGUUUUCCCGCCAGUCGGGGCUUUGAUAUGUCAUCGUCGCGCCCAAAACAUUCCGACACUCCAAGCGACAGGCGGAACCAACAACAUCGGGAUGAGGAGGCUGUACCUAACACGCGAGGGGCUUGGUCCUCCGAGUGGUCUCGCAGGCCGCACGGAGAGGUGACGGAUACGUCUCCGCCCUGGGCAAGCGAGAAUCCUCGCAGCCAGUCUCAAACAAGAAUGGUUGAAGAUGAGGACAACAUGACUUUCAGCUCUGGCAGGUUGGAUCCGAGCAUUCGACGGGCCGGAAGCUUCACAAAUCAGCAGUAUGGACAUGGAUCGAUAAAAUCUCCAGACGCCCACAUACAUCGUCAAGCUCACGCUAGCGAACGUCCCGCACCCUUGUCCCCUUGGAUGGACGAUGUAGAAGCUGGACCGGAUUACCGGCGUCCUAUGCGUUCCAAUGGCGACAAUGAACAUACCAGACUCAAUCGCUUCGCUGAAGGAGUGCCGGCCCGAGGUCAGACAUUUCCGCAACCUGGUCACAAUACGACGAACAUGACUAGCAGGAGAGACUAUGCGAGUGGCAGAAGCACACCAUUGCACAACGAUGCAUUCAUCUUGCAAACGGGACUCGAAACCUUGUAUCGGUCGACGGGUGAUACGGCCUUUGGAGCCCCUCGUCCGCGUGCUGAGUCUCCCGCGCCUCUAUUCCAGAUUGCGGGCAGGCCAAAUGCAUCAGCCCCAAGCAGCAAUGCUCACUUAGGACUAUGCAAGGAGUUGGACAACAUUUUUUUCUUAGCUGCAACUCGCGCAAAUUGUGCAAGACCCCAUAUACAGGUUCCACAGCAGCCCUCGAGAUUGAAAGAACUACGCAGUGGGUCGCCGGGAAGGAGAGACAUUGAAAAGGUGUUACAAGCACAGCUCUUCGAGCUGAUUGUUGUGAUAAAUACCCCUGAAAAGAUCCGCGGCACCGAAUUGGCAGCAUAUGCAGAAUGCCACCGGAAGAAGGCGAUUAAGUUCGGGCAGAUCGAUUCCGCGUGCAAGGUUGAUAAGGGAGAUGACAUUGUGGUGUUCGUGAGGGUCGAACUGACCCCAAAAAAACCGCUUCUGUUGUUCAAAAACAUCGAAAUCGACAGGAAAGAAACGGUAAAGGCGCAGGGGAACAUCUUGCAGCAAGCACUUCAUUUGGUACCUAUGGGUCACGUAGAGGAUACCGAUCGCUAUAUCCACAAGAAAGUUAUCUUGCGAACAUUCCCUUAA